CCUGGUCUGAUUUUGAGUUGGAUUCUGAAGAUCUAAAGAAAGAGUCAGCUGGCAUCCUGCUUCCACCUGCGGAUGAACACAGAGCACAUGCGCACUCUGGUGCAGAGGAGCGUGGCAAUGGUGUGUUGCCGGUAGGAAGAGCAGAGCAAGAGGAAGGUUUUGACUCCUGUUCUGAGAAUAAAGUACUUUUUCUUAGAGAGAAAUGGGUCAUGCGGCUGCAGCAAGAUCUUGCCGAUGCUCUCAGGAAGAACUCCCUGGCAGAAGCUUCACUUGAAGCUAAGAAGUGCUACAGCAGGGACCUGCAGGAACAAAAACUGCGGUUGCAGAAGGAACUAGACAGAUCUAAAGCCAAGCUGCAGGAAGUGAAAGAAAGGUAUAUCUGCACGGAGUGUUAUGCCGAGUCCCUGAAGAAUGCCAUAAAGGAGAAGGAACUAACAACUUCCAGGAACGUGCAGGCCAUUCUGGCCAUGCCUUCUGCAGCUGUGGCUAUCCCAGAGCUGGAAGAACAAGUGCAACAGCUCCAAGUUGUAAUGACCAGGCUGGAAGCCACAGCAGAGCAACAAGCCAAGACCACUGAAGCCCUUCAGAAAGACCAGCAAGCCUCUGCCUCACGUGAGAGUGAAAUCGAGGAAGUGAAGAAUCUAGCUGUGAUGAAAUGCCGAACAGAAGCACUUCUGAAGAAAACGGGGAGAAGAAACAUUGCAAUGGAGCAAGAGCGUACCAGGUUGAAGAACCUUCUGGAGAGCUCAGACAAAGCUGAGUGUUAUGUAAGGGGAAAGCGUCAGAUUCCAGGCAGAGAUGAGGAAUAUCUGUUCUGAGGUGGGCAGCAAAGCUGGCAAACUAAGGCGAAAGGUGAACCUCCCAUACCGUUAGUGAUGAGAAGAUGCUAGAGAAGAGGAAGUUCCAGUGCCAGAAAACAGAGUGCUCACAGGAAGAUGAAGGAAGCCUGGAAAACUUUGCCUUCCACCAUGUGCAGCCAUGACCCUGCAUCUAAUUCCAAGUGUUCUGUUGCAGCUUAGUAUUUAAUAAACUGUGUUUUAGUCUGUUUUGCUGCA